UCUCAUCUCUGAAAUAAACCUCCUCAUAAAGAGGUCAAUGGGACAGAGUAACAAUGUCACAGAAUUUAUUUUUGUGGGCCUUACUCAAGAUCCUGCUGGACAAAAAGCCUUAUUUGUCUUGUUUUCACUCAUCUACAUUGUGACAAUGCUGGGAAACCUGCUCAUUGCAGUGACAGUGAUUGCCAGCCCUUCUUUAGACUCCCCAAUGUACUUCUUUCUUGCCUGUCUGUCACUCCUGGAUGCUUUUUAUUGCAAUACCAUCUCACCAAAUUUGAUUAUAGAUUUAUUAUAUAAUAAGAAGACUAUUUCCUUCAAAGCUUGCAUGGUCCAGCUCUUCGUAGAGCAUUUAUUUGGUGGUGUUGAGGUCUUCCUUCUGGUAUUCAUGGCCUAUGAUCGCUAUGUGGCCAUCUGUAAGCCACUGCACUAUUUGACAAUUAUGAACCGACAGGUUUGCAUCCUCCUGUUGCUGGUAGCUGGGGUUGGAGGCAUAACACACUCUCUGAUUCAAGUUCUGUCUGUGUAUAGACUUCCUUUUUGUGGUCCCAAUGUCAUUGAUCACUUCAUGUGUGACAUGAAUCCGUUGCUGGGACUUGCAUGCACUGACACCUACUUCCUGGGCAUUACUGUCAUUGCCAAUGGUGGAGUAAUCUGUGUGGGAAUUUUUACCUUUCUCUUAGUCUCCUAUGGGAUCAUCCUAAACUCUCUUCAGACUCAUAGUCAGGAAGGGAGACGCAAAGCCCUGUCCACUUGCAGCUCACACAUCAUGGUAGUUGUCUGCUUUUUUGCUCCCUGUAUUUUCAUAUAUGCCAGGCCUGUUUCCAAUUUCCCUAUUGAUAAAUAUAUUGCCGUGUUUUAUACAGUUGUGAGUCCCAUGCUGAAUCCAUUGAUAUAUACCUUGAGAAAUUCAGAGAUGAAAAAUUCUAUAAAAAAGGUCUGGUGUAAAACACUACCAACAUAAAAUAAGGCUGUUUCCUCAUUAAUUUGUUAUAACUAAAUUGAAAACCAGAGAUGAAUUCUAACAAGGGAUGCUGCCUUCUGCUCAUGUAGGC